AUGGAGGCGGGAGUGGCAUCUGCUGCUGCGAGGUCUCAUGCGAUACUGUUAGGGUUGGGCUCAUCAUGCUGGAAAUCGCCACGCCGGCCUCUAUUUCGCCAGCGCAAUCUGCAGAUGACACGCCAUUAUGGGGCUUGCGCGUUGCUGGCUUUUGUGAACUUAAGAUUUUGCCUAAAGCUUUCGUCGCUUCCACGUAGGCUGGCGCACCGAAGCCGCAUGCAUGCUCAACCGAAUCUGGAGUCCGUUCUGGCGUUUUGGUUUGGCGAUGAAGUGCUACAUGCGAGGGAACGCCUGAGUGACACAGGCUAUUUGCGUGAGCGGACAAAGAUGUGGUACCUCAGUGGGUCGAGGUAUGAUGAGAUGGCUAGGGGGUUCUUGCCGCUGGUGAAACAGGAGCAUAGAUUUUGGCAGAGGAAAGAGCUUUGGGCUAAGAUCUCCGAGUCGGAGAAUUUGGCGAACCUGGCAAGGGUCGUCCUGUUCGAUCAGAUUCCAAGAAACGCUUGCAGGGGGACGCCAGAUGCGUUUCGCUAUGAUCAGUAUGCCCUUGAGGUGAGCGAGAAGCUUGUGGAGGAUGGAUAUAGUGAUUCUUGCUCCGCUGCCGAGCUCCUGUGUCUUGUCCAGCCAUUCAGCCACAGCGAGGUUCCGGGCGAUGCUUCACGCGUUGACAUGGGUAUAGAGAUAUUGCAGAAGAACAUGCAGCGCUUCGAAGAUGGAACUUCGAAGGUCAUCUUCCAGGCGAUCCUGUCUCAUGACUCCCAUCGCACUGUGCUCCGCCGAUUUGGUCGCUACCCGCAUCGCAAUGAAGUAUUAGGGCGGGUGAGCACAUCCGAG